AUGUAUUUGAACAGCAGGAAUAACAACAUCAGUGCAGAGAGAAAGAAGAGGAACAUAAAAGGAAAAACAUGUGAGUAGAGACAGAAAUUGAAGUCUGUUUUUUUUACCUCGAUGCCGUAAAUAAAACAUGUAAGUUGAUCAUUUUUUUCCUUCUCAGGGGCUCACUUAAAGUUGAAUUCGACCCGGGAGAAUAUCAUCACCUCUUCACCCCAAAAGGAGGGGAUGAAGCUAGCUCUGACAGAGGAGCAGGAGGUGAUGCAGCACACUGCGCUGGGGAAGGCCGUUCAUGACCUGAGCCACUCAGAGAAGGUGAUGAAUGAUCUGCUGUUUGGACGGCGGGCGGGGUUUUACGAGUUGAGAGGAGAAAUUGGCUCCGGAAACUUCUCCCAGGUCAGAUUGGGAAUACAUGACCUGACCAAAGGUGAGAUGUUUUGUUUUCUUUAGUUUUACAGCUUCAGUGCUCAGGUGGGACUUGUCUCCUUGUCCGUGUUUGUAGAAAAAAGAUUCAGUCAUACUUUUUUCCUCACACACAGGCAGUUUUCAAGCUUUUAAUAUUCACUCUAUCAUUUCUGCUUGAUUCAGAAAGUGCAAAAACAUCAUCAAAAUUAUGAAACAUGGAUAUUUUUUAUAGAUUUGAAACAUUUAGCGGUUUAAAGGCCUCUAUCUGGUUAUGAUGCAACAACAUGCAUGCAUACCAGAGUUGUUACAGUAUGGAUGAUAAAUGAUAAGAUGAUCAUAAAGGCCACACGGUAUCUCCCAGGUAGAAACACCUUUGCACCACUGCAGUGAAACUGGGUCAUUCCAGCUUUCCCACACUGAGGAUAAACAUCCUGCACGUGCGUCAGAUUAGCACUCCUCCUAAUCUGGAGACUGGAAACUAUUUCUUAUAUCUUGUAUGCCUUAUAGUUGGACUUUUGCAUCCGGAAACAAAACCUGUUUUAUUUAAAGUAAAUUAUAAUUGAUUACAUUUACAUUAAGAGUGUAAUAAUCGAGUCACAGGAAUAAUUUUUAUCAUACAGACAUUAAAUGCAUCGCUAGCGGUAACACUUGACUUGACACCUAUCUCUAUAAUGCAUUAUAAAUAAAUGUAGAAUGCAUUAAUAUCACAUUAUUGCACUGUAUAAAUAUAGUUAUAAACACUCAUAAAUGAUCAUAAUGCUUUAUACCAAUAAUCAUAACACAUUAUAAAGCAUCUUAUCAUGACUUACAAGGUCAGGUAUUAUAAUAUGUUGUGCUUAUUGUUAUAAAGCCUUAUGAUAAACAAUGAGUGUUUAUAAUGAUAGUUAAACAAGUUUAUAAGCAAAUUAUAGCACAUAAUAAAUAUAUGUAUAAUGCAUUAACUAUGUGGGCCUUGUCAGUGAGUUUUUAACAGUUAUAACACAUUAAAAUACCUGACCUUGUAAGUCAUGAUAAAAUGCUUUAUAAUGUGUUAUGAUUAUUGCUGUAAAGCAUUAUGAUCAUUUAUGAGUGUUUAUAACUAUAGUUAUACAGUGCUAUAUUAUAACACAUUAUACAUAUGUUUAUAAUGUGUUAUAGAGAUAGGUCUCAGGUAAAAUGUUACCAAAAUAUCUAAUAUCAACUUGUUGCAUGUUAUGUUGAAAGUCUACAAACAUACAGAUAUCCAGAUUAGUCUCAUUCAAAACACCCAGAUCAGCUUAAAACAUCAUAUUACACAAUAUGAAUCUAGUGUGGCCCAAAGCAGAAGUCAAAAAGGGCUGAUCUCAUCAAACCAGCAACCCCCUGAUCUCCACCGUCUUCAGCAAUCAUGUUUAGUAGCUAGUGUAAAAUGUUAUAUUGAUGCUAUUAAAGCGAUGCAUUGUAAUAUAAGAACAAUACAAUGAAAAAAGAAGUAGAGGUUAAGUGUUUUAACUGCCUGUGCUCAUGUCUUCAUCCGCCAGAAAGAGUUGCUGUAAAAAUCCUGGAUAAAUCUCGUCUGGACAAACAAACACAAACUCUCUGUGAGUCAGAAAUCUCCUGCAUGGUGAAGCUGGCUCACCCCAACAUUGUGCGCCUGUAUGAGGUGAUGGAGACGUUCAAGAAGCUCUACCUGGUGAUGGAGUACGCCAGCGGAGGAGAGCUGUUCUCCCGUAUCAGCAGCAGGGGGCGCCUGUCAGACCUGGAGAGCAAGCUUGUGUUUUCACAGGUUCUGUCUGCAGUCAAACACAUGGUAAGAAAACAGAAAUGUGAGGAGUAAAUUAUGUUUUACAGUGACAUAAAAACAAGUGGGUGAUUUCUAAAAGGUUACAUACUGCUUUAUUUUCUAAAUAUGUGAAGGUGAUAGUACCAUAAAGCAACCAAGUAUGAGGGAUUUUUAACCUGUUGGAGCAACGAUCUCACUCUCUUUUCUUUUUUUCCCAGCAUGAUAAUAACAUUGUGCACAGGGACCUGAAAGCAGAGAACAUCUUCUAUACCAGCACCUACUGUAUCAAAGUGGGUGACUUUGGUUUCAGCACGACCUGCCAUCCCAAUGACGUCCUGUACACGUUCUGUGGUUCUCCACCUUAUGCAGCACCUGAGUUGUUCACAGAAAAAAGCUUCUCUGGUCAGUGUGCAGAUAUCUGGGCGCUGGGUGUCUUGCUCUUCUUCAUGGUGACUUCCUCUUUGCCUUUUAAAGCCACAAACACAAAUCUGCUGAGGCGCUGUAUACUGCAGGGCUCCUAUGUGAUCCCCUCUUAUGUUCCUACAUCAUGUCAGGAGAUUAUUAAGGGUCUUCUGAGGCUAGUUCCUGAAGACCGCCUCGCUAUAACACAGAUCAUGAACAGCAGCUGGAUGACAGGUAUUGAAUACCCCCAGGCCUACCCAGUUUGUGCAACCACACCUUCGCACCUGGUUGAGCCGUCGCACAUCCUCAGCUCAGAUGAACUGAGCGUGAAGGCAGCACUUGAGGAUCUUGGUAUUACCAAUGCUCAUCUCUCAAAUAACAGUCUUGACUUAAGAAGUCCCAUAACAGGGGCUUACAGGAUUCUGCUUCACCGCAUCCAAAAGAGGAGAACUGUGGAAGCUGUGGGUUACAGCCAGACAUGCACCAAAGAGUCCCAGGAUAGACCGAGAUUUAGAGCAGCCUCAGAGGGAAUGCUAAAUAAACGCCGAUCAGUGGUCUGUAACGUCAUGUAG